AUGCUUGCGAAACCAUCACACAGAGCUUUUCUCCGGUUCUAUAAUCCACCACACUUUCGGUCACGUCUUCUACCAUGUCGGUACCAAUCUACCAAUAAACCUACGCCGUGGCGGAAUGACACAACAGACCCGCCUUCGGUUCUCGUGGAGGAUAAUUAUUCUAGACAUACCGUCUUCACCGUAAACUUCUUCCGCCGAUUUCUCAAGUUUUCUGCCAUCGGUCUCCUUGCUGUCGGAGCGACAACAUGGACAGCACUACUCGGCACUCAUAUGUGGGUAGAACAGGUGGAAUUGGCCCCUGAGCUCGACGAUGAGGUACGCAAAUGGGAGUGGAACCUCGAGGCCGAACGGUGGUCGGGCGGGCCUGCAGGAGGCACAGACCCUGGCCUAGGAUUCAAGGGACGUCUCGCCGCUCGCAGCGCAUGGAUUGCACAACACUGGGGCGCGGGCUCUGGGACAAGGGUCAUUGGGUCUAAGGCUUACAGUGGUCGUUCGCGUUCAGAAGGCGGCUUGAAUGCGGUCGAGGUUCGUUUGGAGUUCGCCCAAGAUUUUCUUAACAUCGCUAUCAAUUCGGCAUUGAAGAACGCAAACUCAGGGCGAGUGCGACCCGAAGCUAUCGCUGAGCUCAUUGCUCGUCACGCGAACGUAAUGGAGCGAAUGGGCACGAGCGACGCGUUGUUUGAGGCGCGCUCGGAAUAUGAGCGUGUUUGGGCCGGGCUUCCUGGGAGAGGAACCGAUGCUGCACGCAUUGCACUGAAACUUGGAGACCUCAAUCGGCGACUCAAUGAUUCCGACGAGGCCCUAGCCUGGUGGGCUCGUGCUAUCCAAUUGACUCGAGAGGGCAGCAAUGGUGCUCUGGCGAGUGUUCCCCCUACAGUCCCGGAAUCUGUACCAUCGUCUCCUCUGGCCCAACGCACUUUAGUGUCGACUUUAGUGUCCCUUUCAGCUCAUUAUGCGACUUCAGGACAGCUGUCACAGGCGCGGGCGAUCGAGGAGUCUUCGCUGGAUUUGCUCCGGACUAUCAAGCAGCCAGACUCGUUGGAGUCCGCGACAGCUCCGCAAGCCUUGCACGCGCUCUAUGUUCUUCACCGAUCAUCACUUCUGUCGAUACACCUGGCCGAGGUAACGCAUGCACUGAAGGAACAGCCUGCCUCAUCUAUCCAAUGGCUGACGCGAGCGGCCGAGACCUCUGAACGGGUUGCCCUGGUCCUUACCGGGCUCCCUCUCAUUCAUCCCGACGCACCCCAAUCUCAGAUUCCCCACCCGCCAUCGUCCGAGACGCCACUGCUGUCGGAGUAUGACAAGUCAUAUUCGAUGAGACACCCGGCUCGGAGUCUCCUUCGCGACGCCCGACGCAGCGCGGCCGAGGCGUGGAACUUGAUGGGGAUUCUGGUCGAAGGUUCUGGCGCGCAGGGGUCGGCGGAGAAGGCGCUCGACUGCUAUGAACGUGCACUCGGGUGGGCGGGAGUUGCUGGUGACCGUGCUGGAGGGAUUGGCAGGGCUGGAGAAGGGACAUUAGAGACAGAGUGGAAGACGUUGUGGACUAACUAUGUCCGCGCGCGGGACGCUGUUCGAAAAGUGGGGAGUUAA